CGCCACUCGAAACAUGUGGUGCAGGUGUUACAAAUAAUAUACUCGUGAUUGGGACAAUAUUGAGCUCUAUAUAAUUUGUUAAGGUGAUGAACCCUUGCGUGCAAGCUUUCGAGCUGUAAAAAGGUAUAAAAAGAACUACAGCCUUACAACUGCAAACACAUCGAGCUCAAGACUUGUACUCGCUAUGUCGGAAACUUGGAUAGUUUGGGUCUUAUUGACGACUCAAUGGUUUGUCAGUGGAGGGGCCCACGGAUUUGAUUAUAAAGAAAAGUGUAUUAGCCGAUGGCUCAUUGACCGUUAUCAAUUGAACGAAGAAAUCUACGGGCCGGUAAGCUGCAGUGCUAAAAAUGGGACUCAAUUACGUCAAAAGCGACGUGUUGACCCGACAUUUCACGGCAAUCCAAAGCCGCGAGGAGAGCUUUUGGCCAGUAAAUUCCAUGUAAAUUCGUACAACUUUGAUCAGACUAACUCUUUGGUUGGGCUGGUUAACAAAAUUGCUCAAGAGUACCUAAAUAAAUGUCCACCGGUCAUAUAUUAUGACAGUUUUGUGGAAAAAUCAGAUGGACUUAUUCUUGAGAAUUUGUUUAAGACUAUCCCAAUAACUUUCUACCAUGGCGAAAUUAAUCCAAGCUACGAGGCGAAAAAUUCCCGUUUCACAAGCCACAUUGAUACCAAUUGCAAAAGUUACAUUCUGUUUCUUUCGGACCCCCUAAUGACGCGAAAGAUUUUAGGUCCUCAAACGGAAAGUCGUGUGGUCCUUGUCUCGAGGUCGACACAAUGGAGGCUUCGGGAUUUUUUGUCAUCGGAACUGUCCUCAAACAUAGUAAAUUUACUGGUUAUUGGAGAGUCGCUGAUGGCUGAUCCAAUGCGCGAGCGUCCUUACGUUUUGUACACGCACAAACUUUACGCAGAUGGCUUGGGCUCGAAUACCCCAGUGGUGCUCACCAGCUGGAUAAAGGGUGCUCUGUCGAGACCACACAUCAAUCUUUUUCCGCCGAAGUUUCAAUUUGGCUUUGCGGGACACAGAUUCCAAAUUUCUGCCGCUAAUCAGCCGCCUUUCAUCUUUCGCAUCCGCAGUUUAGACUCCUCAGGAAUGAGCCAGUUACGCUGGGACGGAGUGGAAUUCCGACUACUGAGUAUGAUAUCGAAGCGCUUAAACUUUUCGGUAGAUAUCACUGAGACCCCAACACGGGCCUUUACGCGGGGAGUAGUCGACACUAUCCAGGAACAGAUUGUGGAGAGGACAGUAGACAUUGGGAUGUCCGGUAUAUACAUAACUGAGGAAAGACUGCAGGACUCCGACAUGUCGGUGGGACACUCACGCGAUUGUGCAGCCUUUAUAACACUCGCCUCGAAGGCACUGCCCAAAUACAGAGCCAUCAUGGGCCCGUUUCAGUGGCCCGUUUGGGUCGCUCUUAUUUGCGUGUACCUUGGAGGGAUAUUCCCGAUCGUCUUCACUGACCGUUUGACACUAAGCCAUUUGAUGGGUAACUGGGGAGAGGUAGAGAACAUGUUUUGGUAUGUGUUCGGCAUGUUCACGAACGCUUUUACCUUCACCGGCAAAUACUCGUGGAGCAAUACCCAGAAGAACUCCACACGCCUCCUAAUUGGGGCCUAUUGGCUCUUUACAAUUAUAAUUACAUCUUGCUACACCGGUUCAAUCAUUGCAUUCGUAACAUUGCCAGCGUUUCCCGAUACUGUUGAUUCUGUGAUGGACCUGCUGGGACUGUUUUUUCGUGUUGGAACCCUGGACAAUGGCGGCUGGGAGACCUGGUUUCAAAACUCCACUCACGUUCCCACGUCUAGGCUGUACAAGAAGAUGGAGUUUGUCGGGACGCUGGAGGAGGGUAUUGGCAACGUUACACAGAGUUUCUUUUGGAACUAUGCCUUUCUGGGCUCCAAGUCUCAACUCGAAUACCUGGUGCAGUCAAAUUUUUCAGAUGAAAAUAUUUCGCGCCGAUCGGCGCUCCAUUUGAGUGAAGAGUGUUUCGCUCUCUUCCAAAUAGGAUUUCUUUUUCCCCGGGAGUCCGUGUAUAAGCGCAAGAUCGACUCGAUGAUCUUGCUGGCCCAGCAAAGCGGUCUCAUUGCCAAGAUCAAUAACGAGGUAAGUUGGGUUAUGCAGCGCUCGUCCUCAGGUCGCCUGCUGCAAGCCAGUUCAUCGAAUUCUUUGCGGGAAAUAAUCCAGGAGGAGCGCCAACUGACCACGGCGGACACAGAGGGAAUGUUUCUGCUGAUGGCACUCGGCUACUUCCUAGGGGCCACCGCCCUGGUUUCCGAAAUCGUGGGUGGCAUAACAAACAAGUGCCGUCAAAUAAUCAAGAGAUCCCGCAAGUCAGCCUCCAGCUCUUGGUCCUCCCGCCACAGUUCUGCGGCAAGUGGGGCGGUAGAGCGCACGGAGGCCGAGCAACUGGCGCACGAAGAACGAAAGGCCACAAGGCGCGACGCCGCCGAGGAUUGUGAAAAGAUGAGUUUCGGAAUGCGCGAGUUUAAUCUUACCCGCACCACGCUGCGAGAGCUUUACGGGAGCUAUGGUAGACCAAAUCAGAGCUAUGGACAGCAGGCCAUCGAUCACCCCAAGUUGCCUUCUAGUGACGAAAAAUGCAAUUACUUGGAAGAUGAAGAAUCCCGUGAGGCUAUUGCUUCUUUGGAGCGUUUAGACGAUUUUAUGGCUAUGAUGGAUACGAUGGAUAGCGAAAGUGAUCAUCAGCAACAUGAAUUCAGCCCCGACGAAUUGUUUGGACCCAACCCAUCACAUGGGGCACCGCCUGAAAAUCUAUAAACAGUAAAUUAGAAAAAUGUUCUUUCUUAAUUUCACAUUGCUGAUUUAAGUGCACUUCAAAGUCAUAUGAUUUAGCUAAAAAGAUAUUAUAUGUUAAAGGACUAACACACUGAACAAAUUUAAGUUAAAGAAACGCAAAUAAACUUUCAACUAAUGUAAUAUUAUAGCAUCGGGAAAUAUUUUAUGAAUUAAAAAUCAC